AUGUUUACAGCGCUAACGAAAUUGAAUUCUCUGAAUUUAAGCCGUAAUGAGAUCGAGGAAUUGCCCGAAAAUCUAUUUGCAUAUCAGCAUCAACUUUUAAUACUGGAUUUGAGUCACAAUUUAUUGACAUAUCUAACGACACACCUUUUCGAUCAAACUCCUUUAUUAUGGCAAUUGAAUCUGGGUGGCAAUCUCCUGCACGACACUACAAAUCUUAUGGAAAAUCUGAAACCCCUGCAUUAUCUACAUAGGCUUGACUUAAGUCAGAACGAAUUGCAUACUAUUUGGAGCACUGAGACUUCCGUCAGUGCAACGCCAACGUCACUGAAAAUAUUUCGAUACAGGUAUAUGAGCAACAAUUUGGCUUUAGCGGACGGUCUUAAUUAUAUCACAAGGUUGCAACCAGAGAAUUACGAAGGUGGCAAGCUUAACUUAACAGUAAACAAUUUAAGUGGCAAUCGUUUGCGUGAAUUCUCUUUGGAUUGGCUUGUAGCAUCGGAAAUUACAUGCCCUUUUGAAAUAAACCUAGAGCACAAUUUCAUUAAAAACAUGUUUGCUUUACAAAAUUUCCUUAGUACAACUGACGACUGUUCGCGCGAAAUCAAAAUGACUGGCAAUCCGGUCGAGUGCGAUUGUAAAUUUGCUUGGAUUUACAGCGAAAACUAUCGUUCGCUGUUCAAUGGUUUGAGGUGCGUUCAGACGUCAAAAGAUCUCGCGCAGCUGGAACGUAAUGAAAUGUGUCCUUGGAAACCGGUAAUGUGCCCUAGCACAUGCAAUUGUUACACACAAUCUGAAUUCCUGCACAUCAAAUGCAAGGGUACGCAGCAUAUCGAGCAGCUCCCACGACCCGAGCAAGUUGGGCUCAAGAGUUCGGUACUUGAUAUUAGCGAUAAUAAUUUCAUUGUAUUGCCGCCAAACACCACCUUUGGGUACGAUAAAGUUUCGCAACUCAACGCGUCGUACAAUAAAAUCACGAACAUAUAUCUCACUCAACUGCCGCCCAAUUUGACGGUUUUGGAUCUACGAAAUAAUCGCUUAAAAUCUUUAGAUGAUGAAUUUUUGCGUACAUAUCUCAAUGACAGUACAAAACUAGAAAUUCUCUAUCUCAGUGAAAACUCUUGGCUUUGCGACUGUACCACGAAGCAAUUGCUGUACACCAUACGUACACAUCGGGCGCGCAUACCUGAUGCCGACUCGUUACUUUGUUAUAAUAAGCAGAACGUUACACUCCUAACAGCAAAUCUGAGAGAAUUGUGUUCUUCUCCUGUUAGUGCUGCAUAUUAUCAGCUCGUAAAUGUUAUUGUUAUUUCUGUAGCGUCAGCCAUUAUUAUCUUACUUUGCAUUAUCGCACUCUUUUAUAAAUAUAAACUAGAAGUGAAAGUCUGGUUAUAUGGCAAGAACAUAUUGAGAUCUUGCAUUCAAGAAUGUGAGCUGGAUAAGCAUAAAAAAUUCGAUGCCUUUAUUUCAUAUGCACACCAGGAUGCAGACUUCGUCAACCAUACAUUACUGCCGCAGCUCGAACAGUGCGAACCACCAUUUCGUGUAUGCACGCACGAACGCAAUUGGCUGGCUGGCGCUUAUAUACCUGAACAAAUCAUCGAAUCGGUGGAGCAGUCACGUCGGACGAUCAUUGUGCUCUCGCAGCACUUCAUCGAGUCAGAUUGGGCGCGCAUGGAGUUUCGCACAGCGCAUCAGUGCUCGUUGAACGAGGGUCGUGCGCGCAUAAUAAUGAUUAAAUAUGGUGAAAUCUCUAACAGUGAGUUAUUGGAUAGAGAAUUAAAGGCAUAUUUGGACAUGAAUACAUAUUUGGAUUGGCAAGAUAACAGAUUUUGGAACAAAUUACACUACGCCAUGCCCCAUAAAUUGGGUGGAGAGAAUAAUUCCGAUAUGCUUGAAGUUAACGGCAGAAUGUAUGUUAUGGGGCAAGUUGAGAUGAAUCGUUUGCGUGACGAGAGUGCUUAA